UCGCUUCCGGACACGAAAGACUCCUCCUCACCACUGUGUGAGAUGCACAUUAUGGAGUUCAAUGAAAAAAAUACGAUUUUAACGGCCUGACAGUUAAUAACACAUAAUUUCCCUGACAGUUAAUAACACAUAAUUUCUUAUUAAUUUAGUUGGAAAUUAUGACUAUUUUAAAUUCCAUUCAAAAAUGUAUUUGACGGCGAAGAAUAGUUAUGCCAUCAUGUGCAACGCUGCCCAAUGAAGACACUGUUCUGGUUCGAAUUGGUAGCCAGUAAACGCGAUAUUGUAGCUAUUUUACUGAAUUAGCAACAUUCCAUUGAUAUUUGGUUGCUCAUCGUCACUAGCUUAUACAUAACCAUUCCCAGGUAGGCCUACAGUAGGGGAGGCUGUGUUCAUUGCUCUCAGCUGACUAACAUUUUCACAACCCUACGCAGGAAAUUUGUGUGGGGAAUUCUUGCUAUUUUGCAUGACAUCAUCAUGCAAAUACAGCUUCCAGGUUGUAGGUGAAAUGCAGGCGAAGGUAUGCGCCAGGAGGACCUCUCUCAUCACUGAGAAUGGGCAGGCUUGUGGGGCAUCUGCGGACUCCCAGCUCCCAUUUAGGUGCCCUCGGUGUGGGGAGCGUGAGAGGUUCAAUAGCCUGGCCACCUUGAGAGACCACCUGGAAUACAGUCACAGCUACUACCACACCAUGCACGAGCUGAGCCUCCCGACCCGCAGGGGGCACUCUCACCCAGAGAGAGUCCUGCAUGUGCGCUCCCUGAGUGACACACGAGAGGUCACUAGCUGCAUCGAGAGGUGUCGUAUGCAUAGUGUGGGGACGCAGGCAGCGGAGGAGAUACAAACUGAAGAAGAGGCCCGUAAAGAUGAUUUAAAAUUCCACAAGUCCAGCCCUGGGACAGAUCAUAUCCCAUUUCCAUUUGACAACCCUCCAGACCCAAGCAGCAAGCCUGAGGCGGUGUCCCCAGAGUGGAGUGUCUGUGCUGGGGAGGUGUCGGUCAGGCGCAGGCUUGCCAAGGUCCUGCUGGCAGCGGACAGCACCAUGCAGAGGAGGCUGCACAGGGUCAGCACGGAGCUGGCCCAGACGGACACAGAGCUGCUGUGUGAGCGUGCCCACUCCCAGCACCUGGCCCAGGAGAGGCAGGAGGUUCAGGAGCGGGAGAGGGCGCUGAGCCACCAGGUGGACAUGGCCGUGAUGGUGAUCGCCACACUAAAGGAGCAGCUGAACGAGUCAGAGUACGAGCUGGAGAGGAGAGAACAAGAAGUCAUCACCAUUCAGAAUUUUCUGGAGGCUGCAGCCCAGCAUGAGAUAUGUGGUAAAGUUCGGAUCCAACGUUUCAUUGAGAACCUGCUCAAACGCAUCGCCCUGGCUGAGAGGCUACUGGAGUACUAUCAGAGCUCACCCAGUCCACCAACCUACACCGAUUACAUGCACCAGACAGCUGAAAAUGGACCUCAUAGAAUAACCAAAAGCAGGUCAGCAGGUUAUCAGCUGUCACAGUCCUGUCCCCAGGAGGGUAGAACGCACCCCUCCCAGUUAGGACGGGCGUUCCCCAAAGGCCCUAGUGAGAGAGUGGGUAACUCUGGCUACUUCAGACCUGACCGCAGGGAUGAAGCCUGGACCCAGCGCCGCAGAUCAGCUGGAUUUGAGGACUAGGUAACCUGACCAGGGCCCGACAAAUGAAUGUAUAUAUGAUAAGUAUUUACUGAAUGUAUAGAUAAUACUGAGCAGGGGAUGCUUUAUGGCCAUGUGUAUGCUAGUUUUUGCUCCAUUCUGUCCUAGAGGUUGCUACUGUCCUAGUUUCAAUUUUGGAAGUACUGUAGUAACUUGAUGGAUAGGUAUUUCUGAUCCUCAUUGGUGUUUUAAUUACUAUUAAAUCAUAUUAUUGAUGGGUGUAGAUCUAAUAAAAUACAGAAUUGUAUACAAAAAAAAACUAGAUGGUGGAAUUGUUAAA